AUGGCCAAGCGCAAGACAUAUACAAGAUCUGUGGACUGGUGGAGCUUCGGAGUGGUUAUUUAUGUAAUGUUAACUGGAAACUUACCCUUCGAAGGCCGUGAUGUUGAGACGCUUUAUGCUAAAAUUGCGAAAUGUAAACUGAAAAUUCCAGAGUCAUUGUCUAGUGAAGCCACUUCAAUACUGAGUAAGUUACUUACUAAAAAACAUGAGAAACGUCUAGGAUCCAGUGAGAAAGAUGCAGAGGAAGUGAAGGACCAUCCUUACUUUCAACAUAUAGAUUGGAACGCAUUAUUAUUACAAAAUGUGACACCUCCAUUUGUGCCAACCAUCAACGGAGCCGAAGAUGUCAGCAACUUUGAUGCGAUAUUCACCUCGGAAGCGCCUAUUAUAACUCCGCCAGCAAGACGAAGAGUUCCACCGUUAAUGGAGAAGAAGACAUUUGAGGAUUUUUGUUGGAGGGCAGAUUGGAGUUAAUCUCGGUU